GCCUCUGGUGGCGAACGGCGCAAGCUCUGCGCCACGGCCGGCCACGCUCCGCUCACUCUCAAGGUUUUCAAGAAGCAGCAUUGCUGUAGCCAGAAAAGCAAGCGGUCGGUGUGGGGCCAUACUUCUAGGUCUAGGCACCCUUCCACUUACAGCUGAGAACGCCAUUUUCGUGUCAUAUUCAAAUAAGGUUAGGUGUGAUAUGGCUGGCCCUGUAGUACAAUACAUUGUGGUACGGGGAGACCUUGUCAGUCGCUUGGGAUGGCCAGCAGGAGCGUUAAUAGCUCAAGCCUGUCAUGCCUGUACAGCUGUAACCCAUCUUUUUCGAGAUGAUGUCCAUAUGCAGGUAUACUUGUCGGAUUUAGACAACAUGAGGAAAGUUGUACUGGAGGCUGAAAAUGAAAAAUCAUUGCAAGAAUUGGCUGCUAAGCUAGAUGAAAAUGGAGUUCUUCACAAGCUAUGGAUUGAACAGCCAGAGAACAUUCCUACUUGCAUUGCAGUAAAACCUCACCCCAAAGAGGAGAUUCAGAAAUACUUUAAGAAGUUUAAACUUUUUAAAGGUGCGAUUAGUGGGUCCACAUAAUAAUUGAUUUGAAUAAAUUUAAGUAUACAAAAAA